ACUCAAUAGUCCUCAUAUGCACAAGCAGUGAGCGAUACCCCCUCUCUCUCUCUCUCUCUAUGUUCUCUGGGAUGCAGCGGUCUCACAUUCAGUUCAGCGGGAUGGGUGCCUGGAGCAGGUGCUCCUGGAGCUGUGUGCUGCUUUUCCUGAGCUACCUCGCCUACCUCCUGAUCGGGGCAGCAGUCUUCCGGGCGCUGGAGCUGAAGGAAGAAAACGAACUCAAAACCAGGAUCUGGAAAAAGAAGGCGCAGUUACUGAAUAACUGCACCUUCGGCGUGAGCCGCGAAGCGUUGGAGAAGUUAGUGGAGGCAAUAACUGAAGCUGUAAAGCAUGGAGUGAAUCCUAUUGGAAAUGAUCUCAACUCUUCUCUCAGUAACUGGGAUUUUAGCAACUCUUUCUUUUUUGCAGCUACAGUGGUGUCUACAAUAGGCUAUGGAAACAUCUCACCCACAACGGCCGGAGGUCAACUCUUCUGUGUUUUCUAUGCACUCUUUGGAAUUCCCCUGCAUGUGAUUAUUCUUGGUCGUGUUGGCAAAAAUCUAUCUUCCCAUUCAGAAAAAGUGCGCGCCUGUCUGUCCAAGAAAGGAAUGAAAGAGAAAAGAGUGAAGCUUUUAACAUUCCUGUUUUUUCUCGUGAUUGGUGCUAUAAUAUUCUUGGCCUUACCACCUUUAGUUUUAUGCAUUUUUGAGGAUUGGUCCUAUGGGGAAGGAGUUUAUUAUGCAUUCAUUACUCUCAGCACCAUUGGUUUUGGUGAUUAUGUAGUGGGUGUCAACCCCCACAGGAAGUACCAACAAUUUUACCGGUCAUUGGUGGCAAUCUGGAUCCUCUUCGGAAUGGCAUGGCUGGCACUACUUUUUAACUUACUGACCAACUUCAUGGAGGACACUGAAAAGAAAAUUGCACAAAUUAAGAAUAAGAAAAAAGUAGCAAAGGAAAAUAUGAACUUUAGAUAUGAUGCAAAUGCUAAUCCGAGUUCAGACCAUGUCUCCAUGUUAUCAGAUUCAGAGACAAGUGUGAGGAAAGGAGCUCAGAAACCUUUUGAACAGGAAGAAUUAUCACAAGUUGAAUCAAAAAUAAUAGCUUCAGAUCAUGAUCAGAAGGAAACAAAGCCUGAGCCAAAAUAUUUGAAUGCAAAGAUUACAGACCAAGAAACACAAUAGAACAGAAUUCAUCUAUUUAUCCCAAACCCUAGGAAGCCAUGUUUUCCUAGGUAGAAGAUAUCACAAGAUCACUGAUAAAUGUUGGUGAGCAACAUUUAAAGCAACAGUGGGGUUUUCUUUUACCUUCACUGGCAGAAUGAAUUGUCUACCCAUUAUAGCUCCUGCCCCGUUAUCAUUCCAUCAGUCAUCUACGUAUUUCUCACCCAGUAACACGCCAGGAACAAGAUUGUGAUUUAUUGUGUUAGGCAUAGGUGGAAUCAUUACAAUCUCAGUGAGGUAGAAAUUACUUUAUUCCUUUUUUGGGCCUGAAAUGGGUGCUGGACACAAAGCACCUGUCUCUAUCAGGAAAUGCAAUAUCAGCCUAAUAAUGUUUGAGCAAUCUGUUGGUUCCUGUCUCCGUGGGCUACCCACCCAUUUUAAAAAGAUAAAUUUCAGGCUGUGUGCCUUGCCAACAUUGGGGUAGGACUGGGGAGUGAUCAAAAGUAUGGUGGAAUAAGGAAGCACACUUACUCCUUCCGGCUCCAUAGCAAUUUAUUUCUUCAAAAUCUUUAAAACUGACUGGCCACCAAAGACUCCUGAUUGGACUUUAAUAAUAUAUUUUUAUGCAGAUAUACUUAAAUAGAUUUGUAUCUUCAGGGUUUUCCUUGCUUCAGAAGUUAUUAGGAGAUUUGCUAAUGCAUGUAAUAUGCUGAAUAUUGGAACCAGACCUUAACAUAUUGUAAAAUCAAAUUUAAGCCUGUGUAAAAAAUACCGUGGGUGAAUUUCUACUCAUUUGCCAUAAAGUCAUUUAUGCUGUUUUUACGGAGUUCCCAUAGCAAUUACGAGUCUACUGUACUGUAUCUUGAGAAUUUAUCAUUUGAAUAAUGCUAAAUAUAAAUAAUGGAUGAUAUACAGUUGUUCAAAUAUUUUUAUUCAAUUCAAUCAAAUAUUCAAUUGUUUACAUGUGAUUCCGAUACAAUUAUGAUUCAUAUUCAUGUUACAAUAUGAGAGUUACACAAUGAGACUAGAUGGUCCAUGCAUAAUUAUAAUCUGAUUCAUAGACUGUUACAAUAUAUGAAUCAUUUACUGUUAUAAGGUUCAUUGACUGCUCAAAAAUUUACAUCAAUUUUUGUAUUAAACUUUUACAAUGAUAAAUAAAACUUCUUGAUUACAAA